AGCCAACUCCAAAUACUAUUAGAUAGGCAAAUAAAUAAAUUGAGCUCCUAAUUGGGGUUUCUUUAAUAAAUUAUUUAUUUAUUUAAUAUAUUUGGAAAACAACAAAAUUAUACUUAAAAAAUAAUAUGGGGAUGUCUAAAAGUGUCAAGGUUAUUCUAUCUCUCGCCCUUGUAGUGUUCUUAGCUCUUGCAGCAACCACGACCGAGGCAAAAUACAUAGACUAUGGCGACAUGAAUCGUGGAGAUCAUGCUAGAAACUGUGACAAAGCGCGCCCUGAAUCCUGCAAGAAGGUAGAAGCUAAUCCAUAUAAGAGAGGAUGCGAAUUGGCCACACGUUGCCGUCGCAUUCCAGGUGCUGCAAAAAACUGAAUCAACCAACCAAUCCAAGAGCAUACAAUAUACUAGUUUCCUAUCAAUUAAGAAUAUGUUGACAGGCUUCUGAUUUGGAGUACCACUCUUGGCUAUCUGUAAAACACAUAUUACAUCCUCAUAUUCAUUUGUUAAUGAGAUUCUUUUCUUACCUAUUUUUGGCUUUGUGAUAGAUUGUAACCAUAUAAUGUUAUGUUCAAUCAUAUAUAAAAAUAUAUUUCAGUUAUAAUUCGA